CCUUACUACCAAAGAGAGGCCAUCCCACUCACCCUCUCGCCAGAAAACGAUACUAAAAGCCAUGGCGACACCGAGAACUCUCUCUUUCCUCUUCCUCUUCUUCUUCUUCUUCUUCGUCGUCGUCGUCGUCUUCGCUUCGGGGGCGAUCGCGCAGUCCCUGCCGCCGCCGAGGCAAGACGGCUUCGUGUACACCGAUCACCGAGUCGACUCGGACACCGUCGUCGUCGAGGCGUUCCUGGACCCGGUCUGCCCGGACAGCAGAGACUCCUGGCCUCCCCUGAAGCAGGCGCUUCAGUACUACGGCCCUCGCGUCUGGCUCGUCGUUCACUUGCUUCCCUUGCCUUACCACGACAAUGCAUAUGUUGCAUCCCGUGCUUUGCACAUCGUAAACGCGCUGAAUACUUCUGCUACAUUCCAUUUGCUGGAGAUGUUUUUUAAGCAGCAGGAAAGAUUCUACAAUGACCAGACGAAGAACAUGUCAAGGGCUGCUGUUGUGAAUUCUAUUGUGAAAUUUGCUGCACAAGUGGUUGGGAACUCCUACUACUCUAGCAUUGCAUCAGGUUUCAAUGACCGGUUAACUGAUCUCAAAACAAGGGUAUCUUUCAAGUAUAGUACUUCAAAAGGAGUGUAUGCAACUCCGUCAUUCUUCUUAAAUGGAUUCUUAUUGCCCGAUGCUGGCUCCCCUAUAGAUUACAAUGGAUGGAGGAGCUUUAUCGAUCCACUGAUUGCUGCACAGGGACAAAGAAGAUAGGAAACCAUUCACUUUUCCAAGUGAAAAACCCGGUUCUAAAAUAAAUCAGACUAUGUCUUACUUUGCUCGAUGUCAUUGAGUUCUAUUUCUGCAGAGAAGCAGAGCUUCCGGGAUCUCUCUGUUGUAUGCAGUCAUCUAUCUGACUAUAAGCGAAUAAAUCGCCCAGUAAAAUUCUGGUUAUCACA